AGAGUUCACUGUUCUUCAUUGGUAACAUAAAACAUAACCUCAUUCUUCAUUGUCGAGUCUCACUUCAGAAAUUCAAACUGUUUUUUUAAUGUUUUAAAUAGUCUUUCAUAAUAAAAUUCAUAGAAGUAACGCCUAUUUUUCCUUCUUUUCUGUCAGAAAAAAAAUUGAGUUGAUACCUUCAAAAAUAGUUGAGAUACUAAUAUAUUUAGAAUCGUUCUUUCUUCAAAAUAAGAUUUGCUUUUCAAUGGCAAUGGACACCAACAUCAUUUGUAGGUUAUGCCACAAGAGUAGUGGUGUGGCUUUUUUUGAUUUAUUUGCCUCACCAGAAAGUGAACUGUACACACCAAAUGCCAGAGAACACAUCGGGCAAAUUGAUCUAUACUUAUCAAUAAAGAUUAACCAGAGUGAUGGGUUCAGCAACUUUAUUUGCCAUAUGUGUCUCUUCAAUUUGUCGCUAUGUAAUAAAUUGAGUAUGUCAUACUCCUCGACGUGCAUGGAAGCUAAUGAUAAUUAUUGUUGCUGCAUAUGCAGACGUACUGACAAGUUAUUGCAAGUGACAAGAUUGACAAAGAAGAUUAUGAAGAGGGUGAAAAAUUGCUUGACCUAUAAUGGUGAUUGUCCCUUGUUAAACGAAGCAUAUGGUACCGAGCACAUAUGUUACGACUGUGUGUAUAAAUUAGAUGAAGUAUGUAAAUUCUAUACGAAUAUUGAGAAAUGUGAAUUACCUACUACUAUAAAGACGGAAAUAAUAGUCAAGGAAGAGCCAAUAGAAGAAGAAGAAGAAAGAAAAGAAGAAACCCCUAACAUGGAGAAUUAUGUAACAAGCAUGCUCGGGGAACCUUCAAAGUCAUCAGAACUGUGUGAACACCACAAGGCCGGAAGGGCAGAUGCAAGCUGCAAGCAUUGCAUCGAUUACGCCAAAUCUGUGACAGUUGAGGUCACAGACCUUCGUUAUUUCAAGAAAAUGUAAUUUUCAGUAACAGUGUACAUUUCUAGUAAUUAUUCAUUAUAUAAGGGAUUUUGGGGCGAGUAUAAACUAGAAAUUGUAAUAUAUAUAUAUAUAUAUAUAUAUAUAUAUAUAUAUAUACGAGUUCCUCAUAAUAAACUAUUAUUUCUAAUACAUAAAUAUUAUCUUCAAAUAAUUUUUUUAUAUUUUUUUAUUAUUUUCAAAUAGACCUAAUAUUUGUUUAUUAGAAAUAAUAGUUCAUUUUAAAAACUUGAAAAUGGAGUAAACAUCCGAAACCUGGUUGUUCUAUUAUUUUGCUAUUUUAUAUUAAACCUCUUUUCAACUAACAAAUUAAGAAGUUCAGGUGAGGAAAUUCUUGCAGAUGUACUAUUGGUUUCACUCUAUAAGGAAUAAAAAGAUAUUGAAAAUCA